CUUAGAUAAGGAAGUGACCAACUGUUCCAUUUUUCACUCGCCCCCUUCCUUCCAUUUUCGCCGGAAAAUUCUCUAUUUACAGAGAGAUGUUUGCAGAAGAAAAUGGCUUACAUGGAGACCCAAGGAUAAAGGCCAUUUCAGAUGCCAUAAGAGUCGUUCCUCACUUCCCUAAACCAGGGAUAAUGUUUCAAGAUAUAACAACGCUGUUGUUAGAUCAAAAGGCGUUCAAAUACACCGUUGAUAUCUUUGUCGAUCGUUACAGAGAUAAGAAAAUUUCAGUAGUUGCUGGAGUGGAAGCUAGAGGAUUUAUAUUUGGCCCUCCAAUUGCAUUGGCUAUUGGUGCUAAAUUCGUUCCAUUACGCAAACCAAAAAAAUUGCCAGGUGAAGUUAUAUGUGAGUCAUAUGUGCUCGAGUACGGUACGGAUUGUCUAGAGAUGCAUGUUGGGGCGGUGCAACCCGGGGAAAGCGUGUUGAUUGUAGACGAUCUAGUGGCCACAGGUGGGACCCUCUCGGCAGCCAUAAGGCUUUUAGAACGUGUUGGAGCCGAGGUUGUUGAAUGUGCAUGUGUAAUUGGAUUGCCACAAGUCAAGGGUAAUUGGAGGCUAAAUGGAGUACCACUGUAUGUUCUCGUGGAGCCUCGCCUAACCGACUUGGAAUGUAGCUUGUGAGAGAUGUUGAAGAAAAUAUUAUUGGGAAAGCGUUUGGGGUUUUGGAGUUGUGGGGAGAGAUGGAAUUUGUGUAUUUGUUGGGGACUCUUGAGGUCUUAAAACAUCACUUGAGCUUUUCAGAAGUAUUGGUUUUGUGGGGAGAUGGUGGCAUUGGUGUAAUUGUUAGGGUUUUUUUUGGGGUUAUUAGGGAUUUUACCCGUUGGAAGAUUAGCUUUAUGGGUGCAUUUUGUAGGUGGAUACAUUACUUUAAUUGGAUUCAGAAGUUGGAUUAUGAAUAUAUGGUUUAGUGAUUUCUUCAUGAAUCA